AUGCUUCCACCUGCAUCUCACCAAUUUACAAACUAUGAUAAACUUCUUAAUUAUGUUCGAAAUUUUACUAGGGCCCAAGGAUAUGCAAUAACUGUAAAGAGAACAUGUAGUGAUAAAAAUGACAGAAUCAAGAAUGUGUUAUUAAAAUAUAAUAGAGGUGCAUCAAUAAAUAUAUCUGAACAUCCAAUAGUUAGCAGAUUAGAUGCUGGUCAAUUAGAUCAAAAUGAUCCUUCAUCUAUAGCUAUAUCAAGAAUGAUUUAUAAUUCAUUAUACUCAAUUUGCCAAGAAAGACUUAAUAGCAGAACACCAAUCCAAGCUUUAUUAGAUGAAUUGCAAGGAUUGGAUUUUAAGUUUGAAUAUAAAUACAAUUAUCAAAAUUAUAUCAAACACCUUUUUUUCACUCACAGGUUAUCUAUUGCCUUAACUCAUACUUAUUCUAACGAAACAGAAGCAGAUUAUAAAUGGGCCUUAUCAUAUGUUUCAAGAAUUUUUAAUGGAAUUUCAUAUCCUAAUGUCAUUGUUACUGAUAGAGAAUUAGCAUUAAUAAGUGCUAUUAGUAAAAUAUUUCCAACUACUAAACAAAUUCUAUGCAUUUGGCAUAUAAACAAAAACAUAUUAGCCAAAUGUAGACAUCACUUUGAUACAGAAGAACAAUGA